AAACUCCACACACCUGGAGAUAUACCCCAAUAUCCUAUUGGCCUUUUUUAUUGCUUCAUCCUUUCACCAAGAAAAAGACGUUCCAUGUGAGCUAUGGUUAAAUAGAAGAGGUGAUACCACUGAUUUUAUACCAUGUAAUACCAUGGUUUUUUAUCCUGACACCAAUAUUUAGCAUCGGGCCUCUUUUACUGAGGGGUAUUGCCUAUCGAUCAGGGUGGCUUCUGGUUUGCAGUGCCAAUAUAGUCCUCUUUAUGUGGAUGCGCACAGAUGAACUCACAAUUGAUUUACGCUGUUGAUAACCACUGGCUACAUAUCAUUUAACGCUGAUUGUAGCAAUCUGUUAACCUGGCUCCAUGACGUUAACACUGUAUAUGAAAAACUUUCUUCAUAGUACACCGUACAGGUCUGAAUUUGAAUAGUAUUGCGAUGAUGAACUUCCUAAACGCCAACCCAAUUAACCAAAACUCUAGAAAGCUGGAAACUAAAGAUCCGCGGGAAAUUAGUGGCAUACACCUCCAUAUCAAAUUCAGUGGCGGCAAUACCAAGAGAAACUUGUGUGAUGUUAUCGCCGCGGCACUUGUAAGUGGGCACGUUCGCCGAGAGGGGGCGCUCACAUCACGUCAGUCUGCAGGUGGCCCGUGAUUGGUUAAUGGGGACCCGCAAGUGUGCAGCUCGGCGGAGUUACUGUGUAUCCUGAAAGGGAUGCUGGUGGGGUUAUUCCGACCAGGGAGCAGAGGCGGCAAGGUUGUUCCGCAUGUCACCGGGGCUGUUAGGUGGUUCAUCACGGCAGGAGCGGGCGAUUCGCACAUUUAACCGCGGCGACCCGAGAAACACCGGCUGUACUGAAAGCAUCCAGACCAUUUAAUGCGGCUUUAGUGCUGUGAUACACAGAGACGAACUUGGAAUCGUAUCCUAAAAUAAGUUACUUUAAUAUUUUGCUUGAAUGUACGGUGCGCUCCUGACAGCAUCUUCAUCAUCAUUAGCGGUAUAUGUGACUAAACACUGCUGGGAUUCGCGUCGCAGGUCGCCUGCAUAAAGCAAGUCGCGCCGGAAUAAGGGUCUUUCAAUCCGAUGGAAGGUUUAGCGCUUUACCUAUGGGUUUACCUAUCGCUUCUGGUUCUGGUUCUGUCCAGUGAGGCCAAAGGCCCACCUCGGAUCAGCAGGCCGGUGGAAGAGAAGCAUGUCGUCCGGUUGGGACACACCGUGCGCCUGCCCUGCCCUGUGGAAGGAGACCCCCCACCCCUGGUACUCUGGGUGAAGGAUGGUCGCAAUGUGAACCGGGGCUGGGGUCGCUAUCGCAUCCUGAGACGGAGCCUGAAGAUCAGUCAGAUAGAGGCCAGCGACGCGGGCAUGUACGUCUGCCGCGCCACCAACGGCUUUGGCACCCUGGCGCUCAACUACACCCUGGUCAUAGUCGGCGACUCCGCAGACGCCCAGGCCAGCCCAUUAGAGCCCAGCAUGGAGCUCUCGAAGCCGGGCCCCACGGAGCAGCCCCUGGUGAAACCGCGCUUCAGCCUGCCCACCAAGAUGCGCCGGCGAGUCCUGGAGCAGCCAGUGGGCUCCUCAGUACGACUCAAGUGCCUGGCCACUGGGAAUCCGGAGCCCAUCAUAAUGUGGUGGAAGGACCAGACCCGGCUAGCAGGUCCCCGCCCGGGCCGCCGGCCACAGUGGACCCUCACGUUGAAGAACCUGCAACCACAGGACAGCGCUAAGUACACCUGCCAUGUCUCUAACGCAGCCGGGAACAUCAACGCCACAUACAAAGUGGACGUCAUUGAACGUACCAAUUCCAAGCCCAUGUUGACAGGCACCCACCCGGUCAACACCACGGUGGACUAUGGGGGGACUGCCUCCUUCCAGUGCAAAGUGCACAGCGAUGUCAAGCCUGUCAUCCAGUGGCUCAAGAGGGUGGACCCGGGCAUGGAGGGACGCCACAACUCCACGCUGGAGGUCGGGGGGCAGCACUUCAUGGUUCUGCCCAUGGGGGAGGUGUGGUCUCGGCCCGACGGGUCGUACCUCAACAAAUUGGCCAUCAUCAAAGCGCGUGACGAGGACGCUGGGAUGUACAUCUGCCUGGGCGCCAACACUAUGGGCUACAGCUUCCGCAGUGCCUAUUUAACCGUGCGGCCGGACCCCCAGGUGGAGAAUACGGUGACCCCCCCACACCUGAGCUCCGGGCUACCCUGGCCACUCAUCAUCGGCAUCCCCGCGACCGCCCUCCUCAUGGUGGGCACCAUCGUACUCUGGCUGUGCCACACCCGCCGUCACCAUGGCAACCUGCCACCGCGUGGCCCCGCCCCCGUUCACCGGGACAAGGACCCCGUGGGCUGCACGACCCCAGACUACCCAAACCAGAGACUGUUGGGUGUGGGGUCCGCCAUGCCGGGGGGAACCCCCAAGGUCUACUCCAGAGUGUACACUGACAUGCACACCCACAUGCACACACACACGCACUCCCACGCCCACACAGAUGGCAAGGUGCACCAGCAUUUCCACUACCAGUGUUAACCCCGCCCACCCCUUGGCCCCACCCUCACACCUCUGCUGUCCCUCUGACCCCUGACCUCAUGAUGGGCGGAGCUCAGGACAGUCUGUCUGGUCCUGCAAGCCUGAUCAGGAUCUGGACAGACACCUAAAGGGUCACAUCCUGAGAGGUCAGUUGGGGGUGAGGUUGUUUCCCGUGUUGAUGAACCCAAACAGAAAGUUUCGAGUUGUCUCAGGGCUGGGAUACAUUCUCACAAGUGUUUGAUUCUGACGUGUUAUUUUUUUCACCAGAACCGCACCGACCCAGGAGGUGAAUGAAACGUUAAGUUUGUUUGCACCUCACAGAGAAUCGGUGCCCUUAAUGCAGAAAUGUUCUAUUAAUUGUUCUUAUUACUAAAAGAGGUUUGUGUGUCCAAAGCAGGUUCGUGCAUAAGAUGCCAUGUAAGUGUUUUGCAAUCUGGAAGCUGUGACUGCGAUCGGUCCCUUCACCUGUUCCUGGUGGGGUGCUGGAGGGUGCCGCCUCAUGUCAGAGAAUCUAAACAGGUGAACGGGGAAGCAGGACGGAGCCUUUCAUUCUAACCCCCAGAAGUUUCCAGAUGUGCCCAGUUGUGUCUGAUAAAUGCAGUAUUACCAAAUUGCAUAUUCUGUGACUGAAGUGCCAUUUUCUCACAUGUUAAAAGUAUAUAAAGCUAUUAUAUACAUUUCUUAUUAGAUUUGUAUUUUAUUUAAAAUUUUGGGACACAUUGUAUUUUUAUAUCUGCUGUUAUUAGUUAUCAGUCUAUUCUGUUGUCUUUGUUUUUUCAGAGAUAGGAAACAGAUACGACCAUGGGUGUAAAUUAUGGGGGGGUGGGGGGCUGUAACCAAAACCAACCAAUACAAUCCCCUGGAUCCCCUUAAAUGGGUGGAGAACUCUAACCCCCCCCCCCCCCAAUACUCAGCCCAAAGCUAUGGCCUUGGAUAUGACAGUGAUGUCUGUCAUUUUGUUUAAAAACGACUUUUCUGGACCAAAGUCUGAUGUUACAGCCGUAAAAACUGAGCAGUGAAUAAGAUGUGAAAUAAAUGGACCGUUUUAUGCCGUUAAAGGUUAUUUAUUGCGUUUGACAGCAGCUGUAUGUCGUGUUCAUGCUCAGUACUUCUUACCAGCGGUCUGUUUUAGGUUCAGAAGUCUGUCACGGGCAUUAAAGCCUCUCAGCGGUUCUUGAUGUAAUGUUACUAAUGGCUUGUAGCACAAUCCCACCAAGAAACACACUGUUUGUCUCUCAGCAUUGCACAUGAAAUAUUUUUCUAAUAAAAACCUUUUUAUUCCUGUCGUCUCUGAUUGCAAGUGAUCAAUCGGUCUACAGGCCUACUAUUAUUACGAUUAAUAAGAAACCAUGCAAAUUAAACACAAACACGUAAAAAACUGAACAUAU